GAUCUGCUCGGUUUGGAUUUGGCUUUAAUUUCUGAGAUCUGCCCUACCUAUGUUAAUAACCUUCUUUUGUAUCUUUCCUCCUUCUUUCCUCCUUCUUUCCUACAUCAAUAAUCUCUCUCUCUCUGUCUCUCUCGUUCUUGUUUUCCCGUCUUCCAUCUCUUCCAUUCCCCCCCCGAAAAAAGAUUGACUGUCGUUACAUCCCACCUCUUUCUUUUCCGCCUCAUCCUCGUCGACUCGCUCUCGGGUUCGCCGCAUACAUCUUUCCAACCACGUCAUAGAGAGUUUGGUGUUACUGGCUUGCAAGUAUUUCCAUCUCCAGCCUCACAAUGGGUAUGAUAGGUACGGGUACCUCAAUAUCACCUAAUAGGUUGAUCAAUCCUCGAAGCCCCUUCACCCGCAUUGCCAUAUUCACAUUCAUUUGCCUCACAAUCAUCUUCUUCACCGGAAGACCUACACCAGAGAGACUGCAUCAAAUCCAAUCAAAGCUCAGUCCAAGCGCACAAGAAAUCCUCACCACACAAAAUGGUUCUCCCGAUUGUGCUGUCAAUUCAACACAUCUACUCGAAUUAAAAGAGAAAUAUGGUCUAGACGAUAAAAUUGAAUAUGCUUCCAGACAAGUCAGAUAUCAUCGACAAGACAUUGAACGAAAAUCUAUUACUAGACUCGACGAACACUUAUUCCCUAGAUAUUUCGAUACAAUCAACAUCGAGAAAGACCAGGCUCCUACUACGAAAUGCUUGAAACCACUCGAUGUACCUGUUCCAAACUCUGCUAUUCCUGCGGAUGUGAAUGCUACCGAGUUCCUCUUUGGUAUUUCUACCACCUACAAGAGAAUCACUGAUCCAAAGAUUAACCCUAUGCUCGAUUGGUCGCAUUGGUUGACCGACGGUCAUGGAAAUUCAAACGGAGGUGGAUUGAUCCUACGAUUGGUCGAUGCUUCGGAAAAGGAAAUCAACGAAAUCAAGAAAAUGUUGAAAGCAUAUGGAAUCGACGCCAAAGUCUACACUGCAGACAGUAAAAUCGAAAUGGCCGAACGUUAUUUCUCUCUCCUACCUGCUUUGUACAACGAUAAGUCGAGAAAACAUCGAAAAUGGCUAGUGAUGUGCGACGACGACACAUUUUUCCCUAAUAUGGAUGCUCUCAUCAAGAAAAUGGCAACAUAUGAUGCCAGCGAAGACUUGUACAUUGGUAACCUUUCUGAAGAUGUCGGUAGUCUUGCACGCCAUGGAAGCCAAGCUUAUGGUGGAGCCGGGGUUUUCUUCUCCGUUCCUUUAGCCGCAACAAUUACAGAUCUGUUCCCUCAAUGCAGCACCAAACAAAAGGUCGAAGAAGCGAAUUCCGGAUGGGGUUCUCAAGGUGAUAUCCUUCUCCGAAAAUGCGUAUACGAAAACACCGAAGUCCGUUUGACUGUCCUUCAUGACAUUUGGCAAUUGGAUAUUGUCGGUGAUCCAUCGGGUUUCUAUGAAUCUGGCAUCAGACCACUUUCUCUUCAUCAUUUCAAGGGAGGAAUGUGGCAUGAAGCUCAAGUUUUUGAAUCCACUAAAAUUCAACAAGUUUGUGGUGAAGAUUGUUUCCUUCAAAGAUUCCAAACCAGAGAUAAUUUUAUCCUCACAAAUGGUUGGUCCAUUGCUCAUUAUCCCAAGGGUAUUGAUUUCAACCUUCAUCAAAUGGAAAGGACAUUCAAUGCGUUGGGUGAUGAUGGAACAGGAUGGAAUCUCGAUUUUAUGUUUGGACCUCAAAGAAUUCCUCUUCGUGAGACUGGGCGAAAGGUUUCAUGGGAUCUUGCUGAAUCGGAAUUAAGAGCAGACGGAACAGUUAGACAAACAUAUAUUCGAAAGAAGGAUGAUUGGAGGUGGAAAGAUCGCAAGGGUGGAAAAAGAAUGUAUGAUGUUGACGGCGUGUUGGAAUUGAUUUGGACUUUGUGAGGAUGUUAUUCAGUUUGACGGAGGAGAGAAUAUAUGUUAAUGGGAGAGGAACUGAUUAUGACUUAUUUAUACAUUCUAUGCCAAAAGGGGCGUUUCUGGCUUCUUGCUUUAGGGAUGGAAAAUCGGAUCCUCCUUUUUUGUACACACUCUUUGGCGAAUCCAAGGAAGAAUGGGUUGGGACGGACUGGGCUAGACGGAUAGCACGGGAAAUGCAUGGGUAUGGCGUUUUGUCGAAUACAUUUAUAUGGGAUGCAUACUCGAAGUAUGAAGAGCGGUUUAGAGGAGGGAGAAGAAAAGUUGGAGGUAUAUAUUGUCCAGUAACUACAGAUAGAAUACGGAUAGCCUUCCUGGUUUCUUUCAGCGUUUGAGUGUUGGAGAAUAAGAUGAGAAUGAGACAUAGAAGGAGCAAAUAAUAGAAAGUCUUUAUUUACA